UCAGAGCAGGAUCGCCAUCUGAUGUACCCAAUCUGAGAGUCGCGAUAGCGGUACGUAGUCCUGGAUUCGGAAAACCUCAACCUCUCGAGCGCGAAAUACAUCUUGCCCUUCAAAAAGGGCGUACCCCGCCACCCUUGCUCCCCGAUAACCUUUCGGGAGAGCGCUGAGGAGGAUGUUGUGAUAGCAGCUCCUCAGUUUCCCAUCGCCGUAACCCAGUUUUUGAGAAAUCAAGCCCCCUGGGCCGUCGGAGCUACCAAAGAUCAAGCUCCCGCGGUCAGACACUUGCAUGCUCUGGCCGGACAAGGCAAUUUGCGUCGCUUUGUCGAAGUGGUGGUGGGAUAGAGAGAAAAGCCGUAGACCGCAGGCGAAAUUCGAGGCUUCGUACGCACCGAAAGGGCCGACGUCCGGAGCCUCAGGAUAGAUAAGAAACACCAGGUUGCUCCGCAUUUGCAAAUGGGGCAAGAAGGCGCUAAGCUGCUCUCCAUCAGACGCCCUGACGUAAGAGCGCGAAAGCACACAAAGUGCACGCAGCGUCUUCUGCUGUGAGCACACGCACAUACCUGUGCAGCAGCGUGAAGGUGCACUCGCGGUCCGACGGCACAAUCAGCGAUUUGAGUGCAGCAAAGUGCAAUGCACUCAUCCUGCUGCCAGCAGGCACCUGUAGACAGCACGAGACAGACAGACGGACAUCAGGGAUCGUCACGUGCUGUGGGAGUCUCACGUACAUCGUGAGUGGGCUCGGGCACCACAUCAACGGCCACGCUGUGACUCGCUACACUGUCAUCGUCACUCUGACGACAGUGCAGAACGAAAGGAAUGAAAGAGACGUGUAGGGUCUGAUGCUCUGGUGGUUACUGACCCCUUCGGAUUGGUGGUCUGAAUCGGUCGCCAGGUCCUCCGUGAGAGUGAGUUCAGCCAUGGAUCGACCGAGGUCCUCAAUCUGAGAGAAACCAUUGAACAAAUGGUUGGACAAUUACUUGCAUCUGUCUCCCUUACCAU